AUGGACCACAUUCCCAUCCCAAAAGACCCAGCACGGCCAACACCUCGAGUGCGCUACUACUGCACUGCUGAAUACGACAACUCCGACUUCCUCACCUACCCAGCCCGCAUCGGCUGGAGCGAAGCGGAGCUCUUCAACCAACAAACCUGGACCCAUCUGGACCAGCCAGGAAAACGAACCUCCGCCGAAGCCGCAGCCUUCCUCCAGCAAUGGCUCUUCUUCGGCCUCCUCCGCGCCUUCUUCGGCGACGCCUUCAAGCCGUCCGACUUCGUCGUGUCCGAAGCAGACCAAGACGGGCGGCGCACAACCCACUACAUCAACAGCACCCCCCUGCCCCACCUCCUCCGCGCCUCCAACGGCUCGUACUACACGCGCCUCGCCCACCUCGACCGCUGCGUCGCGCGCGCGCACGCGCUCUACAUGUUCGUCAUCUACUUCGGCAAGAAGCUGGAUCCCUACCUUCUUCUCUCGCUCGGGCUGCUCGGUCGAUCGGCGUGCGGCUGGCUGCACCUAGGGACGCAGUCCGUCGGCUUCUGGCCCGCGCCGACGUUCAAAGAGGAUGUUUUUCCGCCCGGCUGGGACGGCGCGCACGAUGUGCUCAGCUACGAGAUGGCCGAGGCGGGGUGGUGUCGGCGGCGGAUCAAGCUGAGCGCGGCGCUGUUGGAUUUGGGGUCGGCGUAUUUUGCGUCGCAGUUGAAGGGCGGCGAUGAUGGGCCGGGGCAGGAUCAUGGGCGGUGCUCGGCGUCGAAGUGUGAGGCGUUUAAUAUUGUUAAGGGCUCGUACCGGUCCGUACAUACGGAGAGCUGUCACCGUGAGUGUGGCUUCCUGGCUGUUGAUGUCGAAGAGCUGGAGUCCAUUAUUCUUGAUGGGAAGGUUCCUUUGAUUGAUGUGGAUGAUGAGGGGGGUGGUAUCUCGCUUCUUCGGGGAGACGCCACGACAGACUACGUCGCCAUUUCGCACGUCUGGUCCGACGGGCUCGGGAACCCGCAACGCAACGCUAUGCCGAGAUGCCAGGUGGAGGAGAUCAACAGGCUCGUAGCAGAAACCUUUGCCAACGAGGACAGCCGGCGCCGAGUCCCCUUCUGGAUGGACACUUUAUGCUGUCCGACAAUUCCAGGCAAGGCGAAAAAGAUGGCUCUGACGCAGAUGCGGAACAUCUAUCACCAAGCCGAAAGAGUACUCGUCCUGGAUGCGGGCUUGAGAAGCGUUGAACGAGAGGGUCGAUCGGUCGAGGAGCUUGCGUAUCGCGUCUACCUCUCCACAUGGGCCUCGCGGCUCUGGACGCUGCAGGAAGGUCGUUUGGCACAGCUGCUCUUUGUUCAGUUUGCGGAUGGCGUUUUCGACUUCAGAAACGUCGUUCUGGGAGCCAAUUCUACGGUCGAUAUGGCAUAUGUUGUGGAAAGUGUGUGGAAGCCCUGGAAGACAGUGCAGGAUGGUUCACAUGACACUCGCAUGCAACUCACGACGGCCUGCGCGGCACUACACACGCGGUCAACCAGUUUCAAGCACGAUGAGGCAUUGUGCCUCGGGAGCCUGGUCGGAGCGGAUAUGGGACCGAUUGUGGAAGCAGAGCCGGAUGCGAGGAUGAAGGCGUUUUGGAGCACCAUGACCCAGGUUCCCCGCGACCUGCUCUUCUGGACGGAGCCCAGGUUGACCCAUCCUGGACUUCGAUGGGCGCCGAAAUCCUUUCUUCAAGCUCAUCGAAAAUUAGUACCCGAUCUCAAAAAGGACAGCCCACCUCCGGCCGCCGUCACAGAACGUGGAUUGAUGGCCCAAGUGUACAGCAUCAAGCUGUCUAUGAAGCUCCCCUUACAGAACCCCUUUUGCGAUAUUUGCAUGAUCAGCGACGAAGACGGGAAUUGGAAAUACGUACUGAGCGGCUUCACGCCAGCACUACCCGACGAGGAUGCGCUCGCCCGCUUUUCUGUUCCAGAAGAUACUUACAGCUGGGCAGCCAUCCUCGCCACCGAGCCCCUAAGGGAUACUGCUGUCGAAGGGCAGAGUCCCAUGGUGAUGGUGUUCGUGUACGCCGAGGAGGACGGCGUCAUUUACGCUCGGAGAGGGGUUGCGGGGUUCAUCUACCACCUGGAGCACUUCAAACGCCACCUCGGACAAGACGCAUUCGUAGACGCUUUGGCAGCUGGGCUCGCCGGACCGCCAAACAAGAACAAGUCAAUGGAAGGAAAGAAUCACCUCCUUCAGGGGUCUUAUGUGGCUGUGGUCGGGACUCGGGUAGACAGUCUGCAAACAUGGUGCAUUGACUAG